UUGAUUUAUUUUGUUCAGGAGACCACGUUGAAUUUGUUCCGAAUCAGUAACGACGGUGUAUUUUCUGAUCUCAUUGAUGUUCAUUUAUUCGGCGAUGAAAUCGCAAAAACUCCAGCAAAUGGAGUUGACGACGCUUUCAUACUCAUCCACCGUUGGAGACAUCGUUCAGACGUUGCAGAUCUCUCCACACGACUAACAAAGGUGAUUGUCGAUGUUGGCCCUUCAAUCACUAUUACAUCCUUGACUAAUAUAAUCGCCUUUGGCGUUGGAUUCCUAACCCCAACCCCCCAGAUGUCAUUGUUCUGUUUGGCGACGUCAGUGGCGCUUCUUAUCGACUACAUCAUAACGUACACUAUUUUGGCACCAAUAGUGUACUUAUGCAGUGGAAAGAACGACUACCAAUCAGCAUUGCCCUCGAAACCAUCAGGGAACGACUAUCUUGGCAGGUACUCGCGGCUGUUGUGCUCCCUAAAUGGUCGUCUGAUCUGUGGUGUGUUCCUGAUCACCAUUUAUACGAUCUCAGCCAUUGGCGUUUACAAGAUGAAGUCGACCUUCGAACCAGCGAAGGCCUUCCCAUCUGAUUCGCCGCUGGUGAGGAGCCUCAAAUCUAUCAGGCCUAUAUUUGAUACAUACUUCCCUGUGCAUAUCUACGUGAACCAUCCGCCGAAUAUAUCCGAUGAGGAGCAGGUGACAGAAAUGACAAGGUCACUGUUUAUGGCUCCCCAAACGGACUACAAGCCAAGCCUUCAUAAUUUGCAGUUUUGGCUUGAUAAAAUGGGUAAUCCGCCAUCAGUAAAAUACGUGAAAUCAAAUCAUUCUGGCGGAGAAGGUUAUCUGAAGGCAUUCUCGUUCAUCAUACUUGGCAAAGGAAUGGCAGAAUGGGCGAAUCGAGCACAUUUUGUGCACGACAUUCGCCAAGUACUUGCGGAUAAUUCACGAUGGAAUGCCUCACUGUUCGACGGUGACUCCGCUGUUCUUGCACUAAUUCUUACGGUCAGUUCACAACACAUCAAGACAGGGGUUCUGUUCCUUGAUGAAGACCCUUCCUGUCUUGAUUCUCCGAGCAUCGCUCAUCUUCGUUUAUGUUCUUCUUCUAUAGAAUUUAAAUUUCAACUUCACUAA